ACAUUAGAGGCAUUGCUGCAAUAAGUCCUGCUUCGGGGCUGGGCUGAGUGAUGUCAGUGGAAAUGUAGGCGUUUUACAUCGCGGAAACAUGCCUUGCAGAGCCCGGGGGUUCACUGACACAGAGAACAGCCAGUGCACAGGAGCAGCGCCUGGGGAAAGAGAACAUCUUGUGAUGCUGCUUCAUCCUUAUACUGCAAUGCUAUGUCAAAUUAGAAACGGAGGCUAGCAACUUUGAAUGGGACAAAAUAGUGGAAAGGUUCAGGCGAGCCGGCUGCUCUGUCGCCUGCCCGGUUACAUUUCUGAGUUCACUGCAAGAUCUGAACACAAAGUCCGGGAAGACAGUUGCUGGCCCACGCUGAUGCUGCAAUGCUUUGGGAGAGACAUUAAAGCAGGAUCGUGCAUCUUUCUAGGAAGGAGUAUAAUCGUGCCCCUUUGAAAUAAAACGCAGGAGUUUACUUCUUUAAAAGAAGUCCUGGGAUGAGUGUCACUGGCUGUGACAGCGUCUCUCUGCCCGAGGUGGGACAGGUACAGGUAGAGUGUGCAGGGUUUUGACCCAGCCCACAAGGAGCGAACGAUGUGAUGGCUGGAAGAGCAGUUUGCAGUUCGCAUGUACCCGCUGCUCUUGUCCUACAGUUUGCAGAUUAGGAAGGUGCUGCUGAAGGGACUUUGGGGAGUUGGUGCAGUGCUCCAGUAUAGAACACACGCUGCUGUCGCUGUGCACCGUUGGUGGAGGUAUUACAUGUGGAAGUGUCGGUGAGUGCACUGACUAAUAGGCAGGCUGCCCCCGCACCAGAUGGUGUCCGUCCUGGACUGUUGGAGCUGCGCUCAUCCAGGCAAAUGGAAAGAAUGGAGACACGUAUGCCAAAUGCUGACAAAUGGGCCUGCCGCUCAUUGUGUCCAUUGUCAUAUAGAAUGUCACUUAUCGUAUCUCCCCAAUUCUGAGAGCAAUAUUGUUUCUGGCAAGAUGGGUUUCUGGGCACCAUUCUACCCAGUUUUAUUUCCACUCUUACUACUUUCCACCAGACUGGUGGCCCAAAGAAGCAAGAAAGUAAUUGAAAUCAUGGAAUCUGCUCGUUUAAUCGAUGGCCACAAUGAUUUAGCACUACAACUGAGAAGAUACUUUAACAACAACCUGACUGCAGUUGACUUGAAAACUUUGAACAAGACAAAUACAAAUAUUAACAAACUAAAAGAAGGAAAUGUAGGAGCCCAGAUGUGGUCUUCAUUUGUACUGUGCUCAGCCCAACACAAAGAUGCUGUUCGCCUGACCCUGGAACAGAUAGAUGUCAUCAAACGGAUGUGCAUGAAGUAUCCAGACUUUGAGUUGGUUACAACUUCAGAAGGCAUUAACAAGACUAAAAAAAUAGCUUGUCUCAUCAGCAUUGAAGGAGGACACUCCAUUGACAGCAGUCUGGCAGCCUUAAGGAUGUUUUAUGAACUUGGAGUGCGCUCUAUGUCCUUGACGCACAACUGCCACACACCAUGGGCAGAGAGUGCAGCAGAGAAACACAACAGGCAGUCUCACAGAAAUGCCAGUUUAUCUAAAUUUGGUCAGGAGGUUGUGAAGGAGAUGAAUCGAUUGGGAAUGAUAAUAGAUCUGUCACAUACUUCCAGUAACACAGCAAAAAUGGUCCUUAACAUCUCCAGGGCACCGGUUAUCUUCAGCCACUCAUCGGCUUACGCUAUCUGCCAACAUCACAGGAAUGUUCCAGAUGAACUUCUCAAGAUGAUCAAAAAGAACAACGGCUUAGUAAUGGUGAACUUCUACUCUGGUUUUGUCUCCUGUCAGAAGCUUUCCAAUAUUUCUAGAGUUGCAGAUCAUUUCGACCACAUCAAAAAGAUUGCGGGAUACGAGUCAGUUGGAAUAGGUGGAGACUAUGAUGGGGCCACUGGGUUCCCACAGGGUCUGGAAGAUGUGUCCAAAUAUCCUGCACUCAUUGAGGAAUUGUUGAGACGCAAGUGGCCAGAAAAAGAACUAAAAGCUGUACUUCGAUACAACUUUCUGCGGGUUUUCCGCAGUGUGGAAAAGGUGAAGGAGCAACUGAAGGAUAUUUCAUCCAGUGAAAUGGAGAUCCCCUUUGAAGACGUUAACAAUCCCUGUCGCUUGAAUCUCAAGAAACCAUUUCCAAAUUUAGGACUAUCGUUAAGCAAAACAAUGCCUCCUGCUCUUAACAUUAUUCAUACAGUUACACUCUACAUCGUUUCCAUCAUUUUAAUUGGUUAUUGAAUACAGUCCAUAGUCAUAGAACAGUGUGGAGCUGGAAAAGCACAGCUGCUUAGGGACAUUCCUGAUGAAGAGCUUAUGCUCGAAACAUUGACUCUCC